GUCUUAGCGAACCCCUGGGAUCCGGCCCCUGUCUCCGCCUCCCUCCAACCCAGACUCCAGCCGGCGUCUCCGCGCUCCCUGGGGGAUCAAGCUGUCGUGCCAGUUGCCGCGAGCGCAACAGCUGCCCCACCGCGCGCGUCAAGUCCGUUUGGGCCUCGGUGGGGAGAUGAACGCGCAGCUGGACGGACUGUCGGUGAGCUCGUCUUCCACCGGCUCGCUGGGCUCGGCGGCCGGGCCGGGUGGCGGCGGGAGUUCGGGGCUGCGGCUACUGUCGGCCAACGUGCGCCAGUUGCACCAGGCGCUGACAGCGCUGCUGAGCGAGGCGGAGCGGGAGCAGUUCACCCACUGCCUGAACGCGUACCACGCGCGCCGGAACGUCUUCGACCUUGUGCGCACCCUGCGCGUCCUGCUGGACAGCCCGGUCAAGCGGCGCCUGCUGCCCAUGCUGCGCCUGGUCAUCCCGCGCUCCGACCAGCUGCUCUUCGACCAGUACACGGCUGAGGGCCUCUACCUGCCCGCCACCGCCCCCUAUAGGCAGCCCGCCUGUGGCGGCCCCGACGGCGCGGGGCCGGGGGAGGUGCGCUUGGUGAGCCUGCGGCGCGCCAAGGCCCACGAGGGCUUGGGCUUUAGCGUCCGCGGGGGUUCGGAGCACGGCGUAGGAAUCUAUGUGUCGCUGGUGGAGCCCGGCUCUCUGGCGGAGAAGGAAGGGCUGCGAGUCGGGGACCAGAUUCUGCGCGUCAAUGACAAGUCUCUGGCCCGGGUUACCCACGCUGAGGCCGUCAAGGCUCUGAAGGGCUCCAAGAAGCUGCUGCUGUCCGUGUACUCAGCAGGGCGCAUCCCGGGGACCUAUGUCACCAACCACAUCUACACCUGGGUAGACCCACAAGGCCGCAGCACCUCCCCGCCUUCGAGCCUGCCCCAGCCCCACAGCAGCUCCCUGAGGCAGCGUGAGGGUGACCGGAGGAGCACCCUGCACCUCCUUCAAGAUGGGGACGAGAAGAAGGUGAACCUGGUGCUGGGGAACGGCCGGUCCCUGGGCCUCACGAUCCGCGGGGGAGCUGAGUACGGCCUGGGUAUCUACAUCACUGGCGUGGACCCGGGCUCAGAAGCGGAAAGCAGUGGGCUCAAGGUUGGGGACCAGAUUCUGGAGGUGAAUGGGCGGAGCUUCCUGAACAUCCUGCACGAUGAGGCAGUCAAGCUGCUCAAGUCUGCUCAGCACCUCAUCCUGACAGUGAAGGACGUCGGCAGGCUGCCCCAUGCCCGCACCACUGUGGAUGAGACCAAGUGGAUUGCCAGUUCCCGGAUUGGGGAGAUCGCCACGAACUCCACAGGGUUUCCUGGGGAUCUCACAAGAGAGGGGACGAACAAGCCGGGGUUUUACAAGGGGCCGGCCGGCUCCCAGGUGACCCUCAGCAGCCUGGGGAACCAGACACGUGUGCUGCUGGAGGAGCAGGCGCGGCAUCUGCUGACCGAGCAGGAGCGUGCCACCAUGGCCUAUUACCUGGAUGAGUACCGUGGCGGCAGCGUCUCUGUGGAGGCCCUUGUCAUGGCCCUGUUUGAGCUGCUCAACACCCAUGCCAAGUUCUCGCUCCUCUCGGAGGUGAGAAGCACUAUUUCCCCUCAAGACCUAGACCGCUUCGACCACCUGGUGCUGAGGUGGGAGAUUGAGUCAAUGAAGGCGCGGCAGGCCCCAGGCCCUAUAGCCGGCGACACCUACUCCGUGGUCUCCUACACUGACACAGCCUCGUCCACGGGCAGCCACGGCACCUCCACUACCGUCAGCUCGGCCAGGAACACUCUGGACCUGGAGGAGACUGGCGAGGCUGUCCAGGGCAGUGUCAACACCCUCCCAGAUGUCUCCCUGGAUGAUGUCAAGUCCAUCUCCAAGGGGCUGCCGAGCUUCAAGCCACCACCUCACUCGCCACCUCUGGCCCAAAGCCAUGACUGCUCACUUGCCCAGCCAAGGAAGCCAGGGAGAGAGGACCUCCAGCACACCCCCUCUGAGUCGUCCCACUCGGGCAUCGUCUUCUCGGCUGCACAGAACCGCAGCCUGCCGGUGGGCGCCGCACCCACUCCAGGGGCUUCCUCAGCACAGGGCUCGCCCUCCUCCCCCAUCUACGCCUCUGUCUCUCCUGCCAACCCUGGCGCCAAGAGGCCACUGGACACCCAUCUGGCCUUGGUCAACCAGCACCCCAUCGGUCCCUUCCCACGGGUCCAGUCGCCCCCACACUUGAAAAGGCCCUCUGCAGAGGCCACGGUGGCUGGGGGCUGCCUUCCUCCACCCUCGCCCUCCGGCCACACAGACCAGACAGGCGCGAACCAGCACUUUGUCAUGGUGGAGGUGCACCGCCCGGACAGCGAGCCGGAUGUGAACGAAGUGAGGGCACUGCCCCAGACGCGUGCAGCUUCCACGCUCUCUCAGCUGUCUGACAGUGGGCAGACCCUGAGUGAGGACAGUGGCGUGGACGCCGGUGAGGCAGAGGUUGGCGUGCCAGGCCGAGGCAGACAGACAGCGUCCACCAAGAGCAGGAACAGCAAGGAGCUGCCUCGGAAUGAGAGAACCACAGAGGGGGCCGCCAAGCCGCCUGGCCUCCUGGAGCCUACAUCCACUCUAGUCCGCAUGAAGAAGAGUGCAGCAACCCUGGGCAUCGCCAUUGAGGGUGGUGCCAAUACCCGCCAGCCCCUUCCAAGGAUCGUCACGAUUCAGCGAGGUGGCUCAGCCCACAACUGUGGGCAGCUCAAGGUGGGCCACGUGAUCCUGGAAGUGAACGGGCUGACGCUUCGGGGCAAGGAGCAUCGGGAGGCUGCCCGCAUCAUCGCUGAGGCCUUCAAGACCAAGGAGUGUGACUACAUUGACUUUCUGGUCACCGAGUUCAAUGUGGUGCUCUAGGGGCUGAGGCCCGAGUGCCUCCACCACUGCCCAGCUCUUGGCCCUGGUCCCUUCUCCCUCCCGGCACUGUCAGGCUCCUUGAAGGUCCGAGGGUACGUGGCCAGGGUAGCAGGAAGACAUCCCCCAACUCCACCACAGCCCACUGGACCAGACCAGGGAAAGAAGAGAGCUGGGCAAGAAGAGAGAGAGACAAACAGAAGGUCAUGUCAGGACCUGGUGCCGCACCGGGUACACAGUAGCUGCUCACUCCACAUGUGGGCCGUGAGAAGGGGAGAAAGAAGGGGAAAGGCAGAGCGCCUGUAUCUUGGCACGUCCAUGGAAGCCUGCCAGGGCCUGUUCGAGUUGGAUGGGGGGCGCCCCUGCCCCUAGCCAGCUGGACCCAGUCUGCCCCUAGCCAGCUGGACCCAGUCCACCCCCAGACACCUGAGCCUUUGUCUGGAGUGAGGUCACAGUGAGAAUUCAUGGACUCAGCCCCUGGCCAGGGGGGCAUCUCGCAGGACCUUUAGUGCCACAAAUAAGCAUCAAGCACCUCCCCGUUCACACCCUUAUUCUGGGCUCCUUGUAUCCCCCAUGAUAUUUAUUAUUUAUUUCCCUUCCCGCACCCCUGGGGGCCCCAGAGCCCUAGCUUCCCCCCAAACCCUAGCCUAUCCCAGAGGCCUUGCAGGUGACCAACAGCGUCAGUGUAUUUAUAUACAGAGCUUACAACUUUAAUUUUUCAAUAAAGAAAUCUGAACGAGG